CGCUAUAAUUUGACCACAAGCCCCACAUUUCAACUGUCUGAUUGACAUAAUCUAUUUAUUUUCUCAGUUGAUCAUGACACCUCCAGAAAGGAUGUGGUAUUCCUUGUGGAUGGUUCUGAUGGCACAAGGAAUGGAUUCCCAGCAAUGCGUGAUUUUGUUCAGCGAGUAGUGGGGAAACUCAAUGUGGGAGGAGACAAAGACCGCGUUUCUGUUGUCCAGUACGGUAGAGAUCAAGAAGUUAAUUUCUAUCUGAACACAUACACCACAAAGGAGGACAUUCUUAACACUGUGAGAAGUCUGAGGCACAGAGGAGGUAGACCCCUUAACACUGGGGCAGCCCUCCAAUACGUAAGGGACAACGUCCUUACUGCCUCCUCUGGAAGCAGAAGCCAAGAGGGCGUCCCUCAGAUGCUGAUACUGCUGAGUGGGGGAAGGUCCAGUGAUAAUGUUGACAUACCAGCUUCUGCCCUGAAAGACAGUGGGGUCUUGAUCUUUGGCAUUGGAACCAGAAAUUCCAGCAGAGAGGUUCAAGGGAUUGCCACUGAUCCUAGUUUUUCCCAGUCUGUUUCUGAAUUCACUGACCUCCCCAGCGUCCAGGAGCAGUUUUUCUCCACACUCAUAACUGUACAAGUUGAGGCCACACCCAAAACCCCAACAGUCAUAGUGGACCAAAGCAUUGCCAGAAAGGAUGUAGUAUUCCUGCUGGAUGGUUCUGAUGGCACUAGGAAUGGCUUUCCAGCAAUGCGUGACUUUGUUCAAAGAGUGGUAGAGAAACUCACUGUGGAGGAGAACAGAGAUCGAGUCUCUGUGGUCCAGUAUAGCAGAGAAUCAGAGGCCCACUUCUAUCUGAACACUUACACAACAAAGGAAGACGUUGUGGACACCGUAAGAGGCCUGAGGCACAAAGGAGGGAGACCCCUCAACACUGGGGCAGCUCUCCAAUACGUAAGGGACAACGUCCUUACUGCCUCCUCUGGAAGCAGAAGCCAAGAGGGCGUCCCUCAGAUGCUGAUACUGCUGAGUGGGGGAAGGUCCAGUGAUAAUGUUGACAUACCAGCUUCUGCCCUGAAAGACAGUGGGGUCUUGAUCUUUGGCAUUGGAACCAGAAAUUCCAGCAGAGAGGUUCAAGGGAUUGCCACUGAUCCUAGUUUUUCCCAGUCUGUUUCUGAAUUCACUGACCUCCCCAGCGUCCAGGAGCAGUUUUUCUCCACACUCAUAACUGUACAAGUUGAGGCCACACCCAAAACCCCAACAGUCAUAGUGGACCAAAGCAUUGCCAGAAAGGAUGUAGUAUUCCUGCUGGAUGGUUCUGAUGGCACUAGGAAUGGCUUUCCAGCAAUGCGUGACUUUGUUCAAAGAGUGGUAGAGAAACUCACUGUGGAGGAGAACAGAGAUCGAGUCUCUGUGGUCCAGUAUAGCAGAGAAUCAGAGGCCCACUUCUAUCUGAACACUUACACAACAAAGGAAGACGUUGUGGACACCGUAAGAGGCCUGAGGCACAAAGGAGGGAGACCCCUCAACACUGGGGCAGCUCUCCAAUACGUAAGGGACAACGUCCUUACUGCCUCCUCUGGAAGCAGAAGCCAAGAGGGCGUCCCUCAGAUGCUGAUACUGCUGAGUGGGGGAAGGUCCAGUGAUAAUGUUGACAUACCAGCUUCUGCCCUGAAAGACAGUGGGGUCUUGAUCUUUGGCAUUGGAACCAGAAAUUCCAGCAGAGAGGUUCAAGGGAUUGCCACUGAUCCUAGUUUUUCCCAGUCUGUUUCUGAAUUCACUGACCUCCCCAGCGUCCAGGAGCAGUUUUUCUCCACACUCAUAACUGUACAAGUCGAGGCCACACCCAAAACCCCAACAGUCAUAGUGGACCAAAGCAUUGCCAGAAAGGAUGUAGUAUUCCUGCUGGAUGGUUCUGAUGGCACUAGGAAUGGCUUUCCAGCAAUGCGUGACUUUGUUCAAAGAGUGGUAGAGAAACUCACUGUGGAGGAGAACAGAGAUCGAGUCUCUGUGGUCCAGUAUAGCAGAGAAUCAGAGGCCCACUUCUAUCUGAACACUUACACAACAAAGGAAGACGUUGUGGACACCGUAAGAGGUCUGAGACACAAAGGUGGGAGACCUCUCAACACUGGAGCAGCUCUCCAGUACGUCAGGGACAAUGUCUUUACUGCCUCCUCCGGAAGUCGACGCACUGAAGGUGUUCCACAGUUACUGAUUCUGCUGAGUGGUGGAAGGUCCUUUGACAAUGUUGACACUCCAGCUUCUGCUCUGAAGGAGUUUGGGGUAUUGAUCUUUGGAAUUGGAACAAGGAGCUCUGAUAGCAGAGAAUUACAAAAAAUAUCCUAUGACCCCAGUUAUGCUCUUUCCGUGUCUGAAUUUACUGACCUCCCCAACGUCCAACAGCAGCUUCUUUCUGCUAUGAGCACUGUCAUUGUACAGGUCACAACCAUGACACCAACAGUAAAACCAUCAAUUCUAGGUAAGAUAAAUAUGGUUUGGAUCAGUUCCAUUUUCACUCUUACAUCAGGAUUUGAGUAUUUGAUAGCUUUGACAUUUUGGGUAGAUGCCUCCCGAGGCCUUUCAUGUUGGAUUUAUUUCGUACCUCUGUAGGAAUGUUCUCUAUGAUAGCACUCAGUCCAAUGCACACAUUGACACUUUCUUUGAAUGGUUGUUUGAGAUUAGGGAAAGGGAUGACUGUCAUGUGAAGGAAGCAGCUUUGUCCUGUUUUUCCCUUACCUAUGCAUAAUUUAAUAAAACUCUUUUUCUGAACAUUCACAUUCUCUAGUUGAGAGUCAGGCUCCCAGGAGGGAUGUCGUGUUCUUGCUGGAUGGAUCUGAUGGCACUAGGAGUGGAUUCCCAGCAAUGCGGGACUUUGUUCAAAGAGUAGUGGAGACACUCGGUGUGGAAGAGAACAAAGAUCGCGUGGCUGUGGUCCAGUACAGUAGUGAUCCAGCCGCCCAAUUCUAUCUGAACACAUACACAACAAAAGGAGAGAUUCUCAACACUGUAAGAGGUCUGAGACACAAAGGUGGGAGACCUCUCAACACUGGAGCAGCUCUCCAGUACGUGAGAGACAAUGUCUUGACUGCCUCCUCCGGAAGUCGACGCACUGAAGGUGUUCCACAGUUACUGAUUCUGCUGAGUGGUGGAAGGUCCUUUGACAAUGUUGACACUCCAGCUUCUGCUCUGAAGGAGCUUGGGGUCUUGAUCUUUGGAAUUGGAACAAGGAGCUCUGAUAGCAGAGAAUUGCAGAGGAUAUCACAUGAUCCCAGUUACGCUCUGUCUGUCUCUGACUUCACUGACCUUCCAAACAUCCAGCAGCAACUUCUGUCCUCGGUGGAGUCAGUUGUUAUUGACGUUACGCCAGAAUCGACAACAGAUUUAGUUGAUCAUGACACCUCCAGAAAGGAUGUGGUAUUCCUUGUGGAUGGUUCUGAUGGCACAAGGAAUGGAUUCCCAGCAAUGCGUGAUUUUGUUCAGCGAGUAGUGGGGAAACUCAAUGUGGGAGGAGACAAAGACCGUGUUUCUGUUGUCCAGUACGGUAGAGAUCAAGAAGUUCAUUUCUAUCUGAACACAUACACCACAAAGGAGGACAUUCUUAACACUGUGAGAAGUCUGAGGCACAGAGGAGGUAGACCCCUUAACACUGGGGCAGCCCUCCAAUACGUAAGGGACAACGUCCUUACUGCCUCCUCUGGAAGCAGAAGCCAAGAGGGCGUCCCUCAGAUGCUGAUACUGCUGA